GAGUGGGACUUGACCUGAACGUCCUUGAACAUUUCGUUUUCGUUGUGCGGUAUAUGAUAAGAAAAGCACCUGGCUUGGUUUCGUAUGAGAGUUCUGAUGACGAGAAUACAGCUAAGGAGCCAGUUCCAAAGAAACGGAAGUUACCCGCUCUCACCCCAUCAUUGGUUGUACCAGCACCCAUCGAUAAUCCUGUCCUCCAUCAAGGAAGAAUCCGCACUGUACCCCAUGUGGAUGGCCAGUAUGCAGCAUACAUAUAUGUACCCCUGAUACUAGAGCCCACCAAUCCGUUAAAUUUACUUAUCGAGGAUGCUCUCAACUAUACCAAACAAGUCGUACCGUCAUCAUAUGAAAUUGGGAUCCAAGAUUUGCGGGAAAAUGUUUCUACACACCACACGCCAGGAACGGUCUUGCAUCACCGAGAAUUCCACAUAUCUUUGUCACGGCCGAUAUUUCUUCGGGCACACCAAAGAGAUGAGCUAAAACGUGCUAUCAAAACUAUAGCCAUGAACCAUUCCCCAUUCGAGGCAUCAUUUGCGAUGUUUACGGAGCUAACCAACGAUGAACGCACAAGGACAUUUCUUACAGCUGAAGUAGGCGCUGGCCAUCAAGAGUUGAGAAGUAUGUCCCAGGCGUUAACACCCGUCCUGAAAGCGAUUCGACAAAAAGAAUUUUACGUAGAACCUCGAUUUCAUGCUUCCAUUGCCUGGGCUCUUCUUGCUUCGCCUUCUGCACCGGUAUUCAACGAUACCUCUUUGGAAGGUGUCGCGUCAUCAUCGAAGACCACGCCUCUUACCUCAGCGGAAAACAAUUUAUUGCGCGAACCGCAAUUGGAUCCCCAGCCUGAAGAGCUUGAGGACAAGAUACUACCGAACGUUCAGUUUCCUAGAAUUCCGCAUUUCCCGGCUGACAUGAUUUCCUCGUUGAAUUCAGUUUAUGGGGCUCGCUUGUCGUCUGUAAAUGUUGGCAGUUUCGAUAUCGAUGAGAUAUGUGUAAGGAUAGGUAAAAAUGUCUUCAGGUGGAAUCUGAAGGGCCGAUCAUAGCCUUCAUUAAAGUCUCGUAACGCUUUGACUGUUCUAGCAGACACUGGAUUAGAUGAUGUAUGGAAUGUAUGAAAGAAGCUAUAGUCUUCCUAUGCGCAGCGCAUCCCUAAUACAGGAUGGACGGUAUGAUGCUUACGAUUCUGAUAUGUAAGCUACUAACGAAAUUCAUCAUGGUAGUAUUCAAGUGUGGACCGCCUCGGGUUUAGCCAAGUAAAGGUAGAGGCUAUAACGGGAGCUUUAAACUUCUAUCGACAGUCUGCAUGUUUGUAUGUUACCGUAGAUUCAGAGUCAUAACCAGCAUAAUAUAUAAUGACUUACAACU